CCUCGCUUCCACCCCCGUCACUGGGUCAACAACAAAGGAGCCUCUUGCCGCUCCAACACGCGCCUCUUGGUGAACACCGCCACUGGCCGAACCCUACGCCAGGACCUCGGUCUACUCCGUCACUUUAACAUUAUCAGUACCACCACAGAUGGUCUCCUUGCUUUGAUGGACUGUACACCCCCCCACAAUACAUGCGUCCUCAAUCCUUUCACAGGCUACUUGAUCCGUUUCAUGGCGCAGCGACCGGGCGAGAUCGUGGAAUAUGCUGCCCUUGAGUCCGGUUCUCCACCCACCAUUUUCUUUUUCUGCAAGGACUACAUGGAUGAUAACUGGGUUAUACACGAAUCAUCUCGCAAGGUCUACAUGGCUCAGCCUGACAGUGAGUGUCUCGCCAUCUAUGAAGAUAGGUGUGAUUUCCCUUUAAUCGGGCUGGCUACCAGCGGUAUCUACAUUAUUCAUGGUGCUGACCUGGGAUCUGUGGCCAGAAGGAUCUUUGAUCUAAUGAGGUUUUACAAGGCCGAUCUUGCUGAGAUAUCUGAGAAUGACUAUACCAUGAUGUCGGACGAAAAAUCAUUAUGGAAGCUUUGUGUAGGACGUUGUUUCCUAACGGAAUCUGCUGGAAAAGUGUUGAUCAUCAUGAAGCUAGCACAAGGCGUCGUGGUCUACAUAUUACACACUCACAACUAUAAACUCGAGCAUGUGGAGGACAUUGGCAAUUGUGCCAUCUUCUUAGAUCUGUAUUGUUGGUGCUUGUGUGUUAAUGCUGAUAAAUUUCCAUCCGUCCACGCCAACUGCGUCUAUUACCAGAAAAGCCGACUAGCUGUUGCUAAUUACGUGUGCAUGUAUAAUCUCAAGUCCGAGAGAGAAGAAAGAGUUGAUGAAAAAUUUGAGCAUCUUCUUUUGGACCAAAGGCUGUCUCGGCUUUAAAUUAAUAAAGCACCAAUCGGAUACAAGUACAAGAACAGUCCACAAAUUCAACUCAACGCUGCUGGGGAUACGACUCGACGCAUGCAUAUGUACAAGAACACAAGUAUUCAGCCUCUUUGCCACAGCUUGAAGGGACUGUAGGCUUCCAUAUUGCUGAUAAUGCCUGUGUUCUUUAAGUUUUAUGUUACUUUUGUAAUAAGAUUCGUCAUGGUUUGAGUUUGUUUAAACCGAGACUUUACUUUUGUAAUAACAUUGUAAUAAUGGUUCCAGUAUGUUUUAAGCCCAGACUAUCCCCUUUCUCCAUAAAGCUGUCUUAUUUUGGGCACAA